UGCGGCGGCUCCUCCUCCCCCGCGCUCCUCUCAGAGCUCCGGCCGCGCGCCCCUCCUUCGUUCGCUCGGCGCCCGCGCAGGCCCCUCGGGCGGCGGCGACCAGGCGCCCAGGCGGAGGCGGCGGCCGGCGGAGGAGCGCAGGAACGGACGGCCAGGCCACCGCGCGGCUACGGAGCGGGCCGCGGCCCGGCGCUCGUCCCCCCCCGCGGCCCGACGCACCCCGGCCGCCGCCAUGAGCGGCUCCUCGGGCACCCCGUAUCUGGGCAGCAAGAUCAGCCUGAUCUCCAAGGCGCAGAUCCGCUACGAGGGCAUUCUCUACACCAUCGACACCGACAACUCCACCGUGGCGCUUGCCAAAGUGAGGUCCUUUGGCACUGAAGACCGUCCCACAGAUAGACCUGCGCCCCCCAGAGAGGAGAUUUAUGAGUACAUCAUUUUCCGGGGAAGUGACAUCAAAGAUAUCACUGUGUGUGAACCUCCGAAAGCUCAGCACACACUCCCGCAGGAUCCCGCCAUUGUUCAGUCUUCCUUGGGUUCUGCCUCCGCCUCGCCCUUCCAGCCGCACGUGCCUUACAGCCCUUUCCGAGGGAUGGCGCCCUACGGCCCGCUGGCGGCCAGCUCCCUGCUCAGCCAGCAGUAUGCCGCCUCCCUGGGUCUAGAGAAGUUGGUAAGCCCUCCAGCCUCAGCCGCUGCUUCCAGCCCUAGCUCUUCUCCAUCUCCACAGCCCGUUUCAGAGCUUGACUUGUCCUCAGAGCCACAGCAGCUCACUGCCAAGGGAGCUGGUUUUCCAUCCAUCCCAGUUGGCAAGAGCCCCAUGGUGGAGCAGGCUGUCCAGACUGGUUCUGCUGACAACCUGAAUGCUAAAAAGCUGUUACCUGGCAAGGGCACCACAGGGACGCAACUCAACGGUCGUCAGGCCCAGCCGAGCAGCAAGACAACCAGUGAUGUAGUCCAGCCAGCAGCUGUGCAAACUCAAGGGCAGGUGAAUGAUGAGAACAGAAGACCUCAGAGGAGGCGUUCAGGAAACAGGCGAACAAGGAAUCGCUCCAGAGGGCAAAACCGUCCAACUAACGUCAAGGAAAACACAAUCAAAUUUGAGGGUGACUUUGAUUUCGAGAGUGCAAAUGCCCAGUUCAACCGAGAGGAGCUUGACAAAGAAUUUAAGAAGAAACUGAAUUUUAAAGAUGACAAGGCUGAGAAGGGGGAUGAGAAGGACCUGGCUGUGGUGACCCAGAGCGCUGAAGCGCCUGCCGAGGAAGACCUUCUGGGGCCCAAUUGCUACUAUGACAAAUCCAAGUCGUUCUUUGACAACAUCUCUUCUGAACUCAAGACCAGCUCCAGGCGGACGACGUGGGCUGAAGAGAGGAAGCUCAACACGGAGACCUUUGGGGUGUCAGGGAGGUUUCUUCGUGGCCGCAGUUCUCGGGGUGGAUUCCGAGGAGGCAGGGGCAAUGGGACCACCCGUCGCAACCCCACUUCCCACAGGGCCGGGACUGGCAGGGUGUGACGGUGCAGCCAAAGGCUCCUACUGAAGUGGCGCAGAAAUGACGCUGUGUGUCAGGACGCGAGGAAAACGCUGCACUUACAGGGAGAAGUGGUCACUUUGUUUCUGGAGUUUGGAAGAGUCCCAUACUGCUACUUAUGUUUUGGACUUAACUGAACUUGGACAUGGUCUGAGUUAGAACCACUUGUUUUGGGGAAGUAUUCAUGGGUAACCUCUUUGAGGUCUUUUUACCUAUGUUUCCUUUUUAGUUGCGCAUAGCCUAAUUCUAAGGUUUUGGUAUUUUGCAAAGAGGUUUCUAUAGUGAAAGCUGAAUCCUUACUUUGUGAUUUUUUUUUUUUAAUGACAGCUUUGACUUUUAAAAGUGGAACCAAAUCUCAUUUGGCAAGUGUGGCAGCCAAUUGCAUCUCUGUAACUCAGCUGACCCCUGGUGCUGCUGGCCUGGCACCCCCACCGCCAAGGGUGGGGUCUCAGGAGUCAGGGCCAGCAUAGGGUGGUGUGUGUGUUGGGGGUGGGUGGGUGGAGGGCACGGAAGGGGUUGUCCCAUGGAUCAUGUUGUAUAAGUGAACCAGACCACCCUGAUGGCAUCCACAGUGAUGUCAAGGUCGGGGCUGGCCAGGGGUGGGUGGACUAGAAACAUUUGGGAGUAGUGGCCAGGGGCCCUGGACGCUAGCCAUGGAGCUGCUGCACAGAGCCUGGUGUCCACAAGCUUCCAGGUCGGGGUUGGAGCCUGGGAUGAGCCCCGGCAGCACCUUGGCCCUGCUGUGGUCCCUGCCAGCCUCUGACCUGGGCCGGUCAGUCAUUGCUGGACUCUGGCCACACACUGGUGUUCUCAUCCACUUGGAAACGAGCCAGUCUUCUGCAAGGUCAGUUGACCAAGAGCAUAUUUCCCCUCGGUUGUACAUCCUUGUUUUGUGUUUCUGUUUUAAUGGUGGGUGGAGGGAGGGCGGGGUCUACAUUUGUUGCAUGAGUCGAUGGGUCAGAACUUUAGUAUAUGCAUGCGUCCUCUGAGUGACAGGGUAUUUUGUCAAAAAUAAGCACCUUGGUAACUAAACCCCUCUGAUAGCUAUAAAGGCUUUAGUUCUGUAUUGAUUAAGUUACUGUAAAAGCUUGGGUUUAUUUUUGUAGGACUUAAUGGCUGAGAAUUAGAACAUAGCAAGGGGGCUCCUCUGUUGGAGUAAUGUAAAUUGUAAUUAUAAAUAAACAUGCAAACCUUUAAAAUUUU